AGAUCUUUGACAGCGAGCCCAAAGGGGAGGAGGAGAUAGAGGUGUGCUUCGUGGAUAUCGCCUAUGACGAGAUCCCAGAGCGCUACUACAAGGAGUCUGAGGUGAGGAGGUCAAAGGUUAGGGAUCAAGGGUUAGGAAUCCCAAAUCACUGUUUCAGCAGCAGUGGAUAUUGACAGUAACAAUUCUGUGUACAAGUGUGCACUUGUACACUCACCAUCAUGGAUUUAAAACCAUAUGACUGGUGUAAGCAUUGACUGGCGUGAGUUUCCACCAUUGUUAAAACCAUGCAAGAAAGUGUGGAAGUGUACAUUUUGGAAGGAGCAAGGGGAGGAGGGGAUGGAUGUAUUCUCAUAACUGCAACCCUAUUCUCAAAUGUCCAGGGCCCACUUUGGGUCCCGACCCAUAGUUUAAUAAACCUGUAAGGGGAUGACGAUAGCUAAGGCCCUGAGUUUUACCUGACCAUGUGACCUGAUUAGGAACAACUCUGGGUGCUAGCAACCUGUCCGUAUCACCGGAAAGCUAUUGAGCUUUAUUGUAAUUGCAGUGUGUUAAAGAGUUAAUCUAAUCAAACCCUAUGGUGAGAGCAGUGUGAUUGAUGAUUGACUAGCCAUAGUCAGAAAAACUCAGGGCCCUUUUAAUAUGGUAUGUUAUCAGAUGGAGUAUGGGAGGGGCGUGUUAGUGUAAGAGGGUGAUAAAUAUCUAAGAGAAUACAAUCUUAGAAAAAACUUUCUAUCUAGAACCUAAAAGGGUUAUUUGGCUGUCCCCAUAGGAUAACUCUUUGAAGAACCCUUUUUUGGUUCCAGGUAGAACCAUUUUGGUUCCAGGUAGGACCCUUCCAUGUCUGUUAUUAGAGUCAGGGGGACAGCAAUGGGUCUGUCUUUUAUGUUUGACCGGAGGACGGGAUUUGAUGCCCUUGUGCUAAGAAUAGCCACAACAUGCUUUUUCCUGAUAUACAACAUAAUGUCAAAUCAAAUCAAAUCAAAUUGUAUUGGUCACAUGCGCCGAAUACAACAGGUGCAGACAUUACAGUGAAAUGCUUACUUACAGCCCUUAACCAACAGUGCAUUUAUUUAAAAAUAAAACAACAACAAAAACAGUAGGGAGGCUAUAUAUACAGGGGGGUACCAACAAGCCUAUUUAAGUAUAUUUGAUUUGAACUGAGCCAUUUUUAGAUCUCUGAUACCUGCUGUGUUCAAGAGAGCAUAGACUCAGUCUUAUAUGUUGAAAACUGCAGCAACGUUUUACCUGGCAUUGUUCAAAUGUGAUGAAUUUGACAGAUGGUCAUACUAUUACAUUAAGCUAGGGCUGCAACAUUCUGGUACAUUUCCCCAAAUUCUCAGAUUUUCCAGAAAUCCCAGUUGGAAUAUUCCUGGAAUCAGGAGGGAAUAAACAACUAAAAAUUGGAUUAUUUCAACCAGGAUUUAUGAAAAACCUGGGAAUUUUGGGAAAGUUACUGGAAUUUUGCAACCCUAAUUCAGACCUAUUUCACAUUAUCACAGAACAAUGAUAUAUAACUCAGUAAUGUGCUCAAAGCACACAUCUUCACAGAAAUAGUCAGAAGUUUUUCCUGCCCACAUAAACAAAUACUCUAGGUUCUAGGCCAUAACAAGGUUGUGGCUAGACGGUAUGCAGCUACGGACAAAAGUGACGCAUAAAUCGUCAAAAUCGGGGAGAAUUGUAGCAUUUCAACUAACCUUAAACCUAACCAUUGUCCUAACCUUAACCUAAUGCUCCUAACCUGCUAUGUUAAUUAUCCUAACCUGCUGCGUAAGUUCUCCUAACCUGCUAGGUUAAUUAUCCUAACCUGCUGCAUAAUUAUCCUAACCUUCUGCGUAAAUUCUCCUAACCUGCUAGGUUAUUAUCUUAACCUUCUGCGUAAGUUCUCCUAACCUGCUAGGUUAAUUAUCCUAACCUGCUGCAUAAUUAUCCUAACCUGCUAUGUAAAUUAUCCUAACCUGCUAGGUUAAUUAUCCUAUACUGCUGCGUAAGCUCUCCUAACCUGCAAGGUUAUUAUCCUAACCUGCUGCUUAAAUUCUCCUAACCUGCUAGGUUAUUAUCCUAACCUGCUGCGUAAAUUCUCCUAACCUGCUAGGUUAUUAUCCUAUCCUGCUGCGUAAGUUCUCCUAACCUGCUAGGUUCAUUAUCCUAUCCUGCUGCGUAAGUUCUCCUAACCUGCUAGGUUCAUUAUCCUAUCCUGCUGCGUAAGUUCUCCUAACCUGCUACAUAAAGUCAAUUCUGUUCGUAGCUGUAUACCAUCUAGUCCUCAUUCCAUAACAAGGGCACAGAGUUCUCUCCUGGUAAGGUCACAUGAUCAAGAAACACAUGAAAGGCACACUGUGCACAUCAAAUAGCUUCUAUCCCCCCCUUUGGCCCAACCUAACCAAACUUUAUGACGCGUCUCUUCUGCAAUCUGCAAAGUGCCUCCACAAGUUUAUCCUCCUGUGCACAGCGUGUGAGUGUGCCUGCGUGCGUGUUUGUGUGUGCGUAUGUGUGUGUGUGAAACGCAUCCCUUCUCACCAUCCCAACCUUCCUUGCUAAUGACCAUUAGAGUAUAAUGAGUUGCCAGGGAAGCGUGAUUAAUGAAUGCGUAAUGGGUACUGUUUGUAACGAGAAACCCCUCAGCGGGCAGCUCCAGGCUGAGCUCUCCAUGAGACUUGUACCCACCUGGUACCUACCAUCCAUUCUGCUGGACUGCUGGACAAAGAAAACAUGGUUCAUUCAUGCUUGUGAGGAUGUUUACUGCGAAACUCAUUGGGUUAGGAAUUGAAUUGCAUUCCUAUAAAGAUACAUAAUGAUGGGGUAAGACAGUGGCACUAAGCUCAUGAGGUAUUUUUUAGUUAAAUUCUUCAAGAAUCAAUGUCAGUAUAUCAAAAAUAGAUCUACCAAUCCCAGACUGUAGCUUUAAUACUGUCCAUAUUGUGUUUCCAUGGUUCCCGUAGGACUUGCGGUACUUUAAAUCAGAGAAGACAGACCGAGGUGUGCUGCAGGAGGGAUGGAUCGACAGCCAGGAACCCAUCAUGUGCUCCUACAAACUGGUGACAGUCAAGUUCGAGGUGUGGGGUCUUCAGACACGGGUGGAGCAGUUUGUACACAAGGUCAGUCCAGUUAUGUCUACCCACCAUUUCUGUAUCCACACACACACACACACACACACACACACACACACACACACACACACACACACACACACACAGACAGACAGGGAUGCACAGGCAGGCAGGCAGACAGACAGACAGGGAUGCACAGGCAGGCAGACAGACAGACAGACAGACAGACAGACAGACAGACAGACAGGGAUGCACAGGCAGGCAGGCAGACAGACAGGCAGGCAGACAGACAGACAGGGAUGCACAGGCAGGCAGGCAGGCAGACAGACAGACAGGGAUGCACAGGCAGGCAGGCAGACAGACAGACAGACAUACAGGGAUGCACAGGCAGACACACACACACCAACACUGGCGAUCUUCACUCCUUGCCCUCUACCAAUAUAACUUUCUCAGCCAUCCAUUUCCUCUCCCUUCAAUUCAAUAUAGCCCCCCCCACCCCUACCUAUACCCCUGUACCCCCUCUGAUCUGUCCCUCUCCUUGCCUGAGGGUUUCUCUCCCUGACAUCAAAUGCAGAACCAUUACUAUCUCUCUCUCUCUCUCUCUCUCACACACACACCAUGACUCAUACAGGGACACACAUGGCUAACGUUCACUGGAGGAGGAGUGGAAGGAAGACAGAGAAUAACUCUUAAAGUUCAACGUCUCUGACUCACCUGUCCUCUCACUACAGUAUGUCUACUAACUUUCUUUCCUGACUUCUUUCUUUCCUUCUCACUCUCCCUCUUUACCUUCCUUCUCCUCCUGUCUCCAUCCUCAGGUUAUUCGUGACGUCCUGCUCCUAGGACACAGACAAGCCUUUGCCUGGGUGGAUGAGUGGAUUGGUGAGUUUGCUUCUUGUCUCUGUCCCAGUUAGUUGACACACAAUUUUUUUUAUAUAUAUAUUAUAGAUCUAUAUUUCAUAGUAUUUGUAUUUUAUUGAGCAGGGAGACAGAGAGGGAGGGAGAUGCAGAGUAGUGUUGAGGCCAGGAUUCUUACCCACACUGAGGGGUGAUGUAUAUGUGCUGCAGCGGCCCCUUUACCUGCUAGACCAGCCUCUGGCACAUAACUACUAUCUACUACUAUGUGACCAUGAUCUUCACUCUGCCUAAUGUAGGACCUAGGCCACGACACCAAGCACUGCUACUAUCUACUAUCUGUAUAUUUGAGUUUGUGUUCAUUUGUCUGUUUCCUGAAAGCAUUCUCAAAAUAGCAGUAACCCAUCAAUACAAGCAUUGAUUUGUGUUAAUAACCAUUAUUUUGUAUUAUGUUUUUAGUCUGAGCAUUUCUUGUCUAAGCAUUUCUUCACUGUUUCAUUGAUUUGCGUCACUGUUUCAACACUAUGAGCAAAAGGCUUAUAACAUGGAUCUGUGUGACCAGGCUUGUCAAACACAAGGUACACUGCAACAAGACCUAAGUUCAAAUACGACAGUAUUUAAAAUCUUUCAAAUACCUUAAGCUUUAACCUGCCUGGAGGGCCAGGUGGGUGGGGUUUGUACUUCCAAGACGUUUCUAUUGGUUCCAUUGCAACAGGCAAGCUCAAUCAAAAACAGCUACACUAUUUCAAAUCAUUUCUAAUAGUAUUUGAAUGCAGAUCUGACUGAAACUACACUUCUCAUCCUGUUGAUACAUUUCUUAGCUGUAUUUUUUUUUUAAAGACAAUUGAUAGGCCAGACCACUCUUUCGUACAUUUUGAAUUAUGUACUUAACUUUGUAAGUGUUUUUGAAAAGCUGACGCAUCACGAUUGUCAUGGAAAAGGAACAUAAACAUUCUUUAUAAUAACAAUAGAUUAAUUGUAUUUAUAAAGCCCAUUUCUCACAACCAAUACGCUUUCUCGCUGGCCUUCAUCAGAGAAGGUGCCACUUGAGAUGUUUCCACUGCAACAUAAUGAUUCAGAGAAUCUGUACACAGAUACAGAGAGCACUUGACUCUGUACUGUAUGGGUCAUAGGAUGAGAGAACAUGAGAGCAUGCUGAGAGUCAGUAGCUAUUUUAUUUGGGACUUACUGAGCCUGACUUUAAAGAUAGAGGAACAUUUAAGACCACAAGAGCCUGCUCUUUCCCCUAUUCACAUACAACAUGAACCAGUAUACAGUACAUAACUAGCACAGUAGAUGCACUAUAGCCUUAGGUCAAUCUAGCUUGCGUUGUUUGUGGGCACAUUUCCCCCUUCCUCCAAGAGCUGUGGGAGAUUCAGUGAAAGUGGCUGUAUCAGUGGAGGCCACUGAGGGGAGGACGGCUCAUAAUAAUGGCUGGAAUGGAGUAAAUUAAACCAUGUGUUUGAUGUAUUUGAUACCAUUCCACUAAUUCUGCUCCAGUCAUUACCACAAGCCCGUCCUCCCCAGUGAAGGUGCCUCCAACCUCCUGUGGGCUGUAUAUCAUCUGGGUCAUAUUCAUUUAGCAGCACCAAAUGGAAAAAAAUAAACUGAAUCAGAGAUGGACUACCUGUCCAAUAAGAAAAACAAGUUUUAUUUUCUGUUGCAAAACGAUUUCAAACGUUGUGUGCCCAAAAUGAACACGGCCCUGCUGUACACCAGUGGUCCUUCCCUCCGUCCUUGCAUUGUGGUCUUCCACAGCCUACAUUACUAAGGUUUGUCUAAUAAUAUUAUAGUGUGUCUUCUACCAUUAACCACCACUAAAACAAACCACCCUGUGUCCACCCACUAAUGCGCUGCUCCACUUCACAUUAAAGGCCCAGUGCAGUCAAAAACAUGAUUUUCUUGUGUUUUAUAUAUACACUGCUCAAAAAAAUAAAGGGAACACUAAAAUAACACAUCCUAGAUCUGAAUGAAUGAAAUAAUCGUAUGAAAUACUUUUUUCUUUACAUAGUUGAAUGUGCUGACAACAAAAUCACACAAAAAUUAUCAAUGGAAAUCAAAUGUAUCAACCCAUGGAGGUCUAGAUUUGGAGUCACCCUCAAAAUUAAAGUGGAAAACCACACUACAGGCUGAUCCAACUUUGAUGUAAUGUCCUUAAAACAAGUCAAAAUGAGGCUCAGUAGUGUGUGUGGCCUCCACGUGCCUGUAUGACCUCCCUACAACGCCUGGGCAUGCUCCUGAUGAGGUGGCGGAUGGUCUCCUGAGGGAUCUCCUCCCAGACCUGGACUAAAGCAUCCGCCAACUCCUGGACAGUCUGUGGUGCAACGUGGCAUUGGUGGAUGGAGCGAGACAUGAUGUCCCAGAUGUGCUCAAUUGGAUUCAGGUCUGGGGAACGGGCGGGCCAGUCCAUAGCAUCAAUGCCUUCCUCUUGCAGGAACUGCUGACACACUCCAGCCACAUGAGGUCUAGCAUUGUCUUGCAUUAGGAGGAACCCAGGGCCAACCGCACCAGCAUAUGGUCUCACAAGGGGUCUGAGGAUCUCAUCUCGGUACCUAAUGGCAGUCAGGCUACCUCUGGCGAGCACAUGGAGGGCUGUGCGGCCACCCAAAGAAAUGCCGCCCCACACCAUGACUGACCCAUCGCCAAACCGGUCAUGCUGGAGGAUGUUGCAGGCAGCAGAACGUUCUCCAUGGUGUCUCCAGACUCUGUCACGUCUGUCACGUGCUCAGUGUGAACCUGCUUUCAUCUGUAAAGAGCACAGGGCGCCAGUGGCGAAUUUGCCAAUCUUGGUGUUCUCUGGCAAAUGCCAAACGUCCUGCACGGUGUUGGGCUGUAAGCACAACCCCCACCUGUGGACAUGGGGCCCUCAUACCACCCUCAUGGAGUCUGUUUCUGACCGUUUUAACAGACACAUGCACAUUUGUGGCCUGCUGGAGGUCAUUUUGCAGGGCUCUGGCAGUGCUCCUCCUUGCACAAAGGCGGAGGUAGCAGUCCUGCUGCUGGGUUGUUGCCCUCCUACGGCCUCCUCCACGUCUCCUGAUGUACUGGCCUGUCUCCUGGUAGCGCCUCCAUGCUCUGGACACUACGCUGACAGACACAGCAAACCUUCUUGCCACAGCUCGCAUUGAUGUGCCAUCCUGGAUGAGCUGCACUACCUGAGCCACUUGUGUGGGUUGUAGACUCUGUCUCAUGCUACCACUAGAGUGAAAGCACCGCCAGCAUUCAAAAGUGACCAAAACAUCAGCCAGGAAGCAUAGGAACUGAGAAGUGGUCUGUGGUCACCACCUGCAAAACCAGCCCUUUAUUGGGGGUGUCUUGCUAAUUGCCUAUAAUUUCCACCUGUUGUCUAUUCCAUUUGCACAACAGCAUGUGAAAUGUAUUGUCAAUCAGUGUUGCUUCCUAAGUGGACAGUUUGAUUUCACAGAAGUGUGAUUGACUUGGAGUUUUUUUUGAGCAGUGUAUUUCCACACUACACACUUAGAAAAAAGGGUUCCAAAAGGGUUCUUCAGUUGUCCCCAUAAGAGAUCCCUUUUUGGUUCCAGGUACAACCCUUUUUUGUUGUAGGUAGGUACCCUCUGUAGAAAGGCUUCUACAUGGAACCCAAAAGGGUUCUACCUGUAACCAAAAGGGUUCUACCAUGCAACCAAAAAGGGUUAUUCAAAGGGUUCUCCUAUGGGGACAGCCGAAGAACCCUUUAAGGUUCUAGAUACCACCUUUCUUUCUAAGAGUGUAUGAGGUUGGAAUAAUACUGUGAAAUUGUGAACAUUAUGAUAAUGCCCUUUUAGUGUAAGAGCUGUCUGAAAUGUCAGCCUGUUUAGGUGGGAUGGAGUUUUGGCCUGCCUUGUGAUAUCACCAGGUGGUAAAUUAGUUAAUAGACCAAUAAGAAACAGAGUUCCAAAACUCUCUGCCAAUUACAGCUAGUUUUCAGUUCUCCUUACUUAGACCACUCCCAGACAGUCCUAGCAAAACUUUUGCUUGAGAAAUUGCUCCUGCAAAGAAGCUAUUUUUGUUUAUUUUUGACAAUUUUAAUUGAAAACAAUUACAGUAAGAUACUUUUACCCCAAAAUUAUUUGAUAUUGAGAUAAAGACGGCUGCAUUGGACCUUUAACCCAUAUCCAUACCCUCCCAGUACUUAAGCUAUAUCACAAAGGAGCCAGUUUCCCUGAGCCAGGUGAAGUCUUUGAUUUAAAUCAUUCUCAAUUGAGAAUCUCAAUUGAAAGUGAAUUUUAUUCCAGGACUAGACUUAAUUUAUGGGCUCAUAACCAGGACUUGCUUGAACGGGUUCAUAACUUUAUCAUGCUGGUCAGAAAACUGGAGCGGAACCAAAAAAUAGUGGUUCUGUUCAGAAUGAAACAAUUGGAAAAUUAUUUUGGUUACAAACCCUGCCGGCCCUAUUUGUUGGUUUUUCUCUCAUUGCACAGUCACUUCCCCAUAACACGGCUCUGGACUGGAAAGCAGCACUCUAAAUGUAUAAGCAGACAAUAUUGGGCAGUUUCACCUGAACUAAUUGUCAUUUGAUUACUUUGACCAUGUUAUCACCGCUUUGGCCCAUCAAGCGUCUGUCGCUAAUGGUUAACUACCCGCCGACUACGCCAACUUCCCCAGCUCUUUAUGGCUGUGUGACCUCCCGACCUCUUGCUGACCCUUCCCACAAGGCCUUGCACCUCCUGCACCAAGUGCCCUAGCUAGCUAACAGGUGGCACGGUGGCGGUCUGGAACCUCUCCACAGAUAUGACUUGGGAUGAUGUGCAGGAGUUUCGAGAAACACAUGCAUGACAAAACCAACAUUAGAGUUGGCAAUGUCCAACAACCACAGCAAACCACAGCAUAAACUCACUGGACGUGGUAGAGAGCCUUGAGACAGCCAGCCAUUUGUCUUCACUCUACCUUCACUGUUUCUCUAAUGUCUGCUGGUGACUCAUCUCCCUCUUCCUCUCGGACUCAUUUCAUGUCAUCCAUUCAAACACACUCAAACGUUCAUGCAUUGUCGUUUACUGCAUUGAACUUGCUUUGUUUGUCCUACCGGAACAGUACAGAACGCGUGCACGGACCCAAACACACGCACACACACACACACACACACCAAAGCACACACACACAAGUAAGAAAGUCACUGUUAGCAUUUCACUGUUAGUCUACACAUGUUGUUUACAAAGCAUGUGACAAAUACAAUUUGAUUUAACACACACACACACACGUACACAGAUACACACACACACAAGCACAGACACUUGUGAGCAAGGAUGAAGACUGUGUUACUGUCUCCCCUCUGGAACACACACAACCGAUUUUGAAUUCAGAUUUGUGUUCAGAGCAGGGAACUCCUUUUCAUGUAUUGCUUGUAUUCAUCUCCCAGAGCCUUUGAAAUGUAAGCUCUUUUAAAUCCAACAGGUGAAGUCAGAUACGUAUUUACUGUAUCAUGUAAUUCUGUUAUUACACUACAAUGCUAAGACAUACAGUUAAGACAUACAGUAGAUGUCAUGGGGUUAUAAUAUCUCCCUCUCUCUCCCCUCCUGAAGAAAUGACCAUGGAUGAGGUGAGAGAGUACGAGCGGGCCACCCAGGAGGCCACCAACCGUAAGAUCGGCCCCUUCCCCCCAUCCAUCUCCAUCACUGAGAACCCCCUGGCCUCGGUGGCCCGCAACGGGCCCUCCAGCGCCCCCUCCACCCCCCUCGCCACGGAGCCUCCAGAGUUCCUCUCCGUGCCCAAGGACCGGCCCAGGAAGAAGUCAGCCCCAGAGACCUUGACCCUCCCCGACCCCAAUCGCAGGGACUCAGGCUUCAGGCUGGCUAGCAUCUUCUCCUGGGGCUCAACCCCUAGCCCCCAGCCUGAAUGAGAGGGGGACCCAAAGGAGUAGUAUACACCUAUCUACAUUCAGGGGGUGGCUAUGAACAUCAAUUUUGUCCCCUAGACAACUUAUGUAAAAGGAGUGCUGUUCACAGACCUCCUAUAACUUGGUGGUGUGGUAAACGCCUCUUCACAGGCAGUUGCAGGUAUCACCCUGAAGCCAACCACUGUCACCAACUAACUGUGUCUUGGUCUGCCUUUGCAGAGAGAUAGUCAGUCUGAUCACCAUGCAUCACUUGGAGAGGAGGCUCAAAGCACACACCACAUACAUGUAGGCGCAAACACACACGCAUGCGCAUACACACACACACACUGAAUGUCUUUUAAAAACCUCUUAAACCUCUCCAUCGGUCCCAUCGAAACACAGUAACCAGCCCCAUCUACCAGCCAGAAAGCUCAUGUGGAGAUCAAUUCUAGUCUGAUUUAAUUUAGUACACAUUCCUCUGAAUACUUUGUGCUUCUCUUCAGUGUCUCAGCCCUCUUUCAUCUCAAUUUAUACUGUAUCUCAGGGUUUGUUACCUAGAUACACAGAGAUCAGAUAAAUAUACUCUUCAAUCAGCUCAAUCUUUAUGCACAUGGAUAUAAAUGUGUGGGAUGAUCAAACUCAUUUUCUCCUUUCUCUUUGCACUCAAGCCCUCUUAUUGGUUGGAAAUUGACACCAUGUAAUUUCAGAUCUAAUUGUGUGUUGGGGUUGUCAUUCAUGAAUUGUUGUAGGUCGCAGUGAAACAGUUAAAGUAAAACGGUGGAUUUCAGGAGAGUGUUAUUUUUUAUCCUGUGUUUUUUUGUAAAUAUGUAUAUUUAAGAGUUAUCUAUUGUAAAAAUGCUGAAUUCAUUGAUGUCUUUCAUUGCUAUGGAAUUGCUGUAAUCUCUGUAUUUGAGAGAGAAAAAGAGGUCUAUGGAGAGAUUUAAAGUGGAGGUAUUCUCUUUCUAAAUCUGCAUUCUGUUGGUGUAGUUUUGUUGGCCAGGGUGUCCUUUAAAUGACAUAUAUAAACAAUGCAUGGUUUGAAUAUCCAGCCUCUGCUUUUCUUUUCAACUGGGGGGAAAUGUACCUUUGAAAUGGCUGUCUUCUAUACAGUAUGGUGUUUUUCCUUUGUUUAAUACAGACUACGACAGGACAAAACAUGUCGGAUCAAUGUUGUGAUUUGGCUUUUAGGGAUGGUUUAAGUCAUUAAUUUGCAAUCAUGUUGUUGGUGUGUUUUAUAUCAAAUCAAUAAACGUAAUAUUGCUCAAA